UUCUCAAGCGCAUGAACUUGAACACUAGAUUGAAAUAUUAUUUUUGGAGCUGAUGAAGAAUUGCACUUGAAAGAUUUUGUUUUUCCUCCGUUUUCUUCCAUACAACGCCAUAGUGCGAUGCGAAGUAGAGACAUUCACGUAGUGCACUGUCGAGCUUGGCGUGAACAAACCGGUCGGGAUGACACCGGCUCCAGACUCCGGGCCAGAGAAUGUGACUGAUAACUUCAUCAAAGAAAACAGGGUGGCGGUGUUCAGCAAAUCAUAUUGUCCAUUUUGUGAACAGGUGAAGGAAUUGUUCAGAAACCAUAAUAUACCAUACGAAGCACUCGAGCUAGACGUUGUCGAGAAUGGUGCUGCCAUCCAGAGUGUGCUGCUGGAGCGGACGGGCCAGAAGUCGGUCCCCAGCGUGUUCAUCAACGGCCGACAUCUGGGCGGCUGCGACACAACAGUCCAGGCGCAGGCGGACGGCCGGCUGCAGGCGUUGCUGAACGCCGGCGCCGGCGACGCCCAGUACGACUACGACCUGGUGGUGAUCGGCGGCGGCUCGGGCGGACUGGCCUGCAGCAAGGAGGCGGCCCGGCUGGGCGCGCGCGUCGCCCUCUGCGACUUCGUCAAGCCCUCACCGCAGGGGACCACGUGGGGGCUAGGUGGCACAUGUGUCAACGUCGGCUGCAUCCCCAAGAAGUUGAUGCACCAGGCCAGCCUGCUAGGCGAGGCAGUGGGCGACGCCGAGAAGUUCGGAUGGUCGGUCGAUCAGCCAGUGACAACACCGCCAUCCGUGAUGCCGUUUCCAGACCAGCACAAUUGGGAGAAGAUGGUGGAGGCCAUUCACGCGCACAUCGGGUCACUUAACUGGGGCUACAAGGUGCAGCUGCGCGAGCGGCGUGUCACGUACCUGAACGCAUACGCCGAGUUCGUGGACGCCCACACGCUUCGGACGGUCGACAAGAAGUCUCGCGAGCGUCUGAUCACGGCGAAGCACGUGGUGCUGGCGACGGGCGGCCGGCCGCGGCUGCCGGACAUCCCGGGCGCCGCCGAGCUCGGCAUCACCAGCGACGACCUCUUCUCACUGCCCAGCUCGCCCGGCCGCACGCUGGUCGUCGGCGCCAGCUACAUCGCGCUCGAGUGCGCCGGCUUCCUGCGCGGCCUCGGCCUCGACGUCACCGUCAUGGUGCGCUCCAUCCUGCUGCGCGGCUUCGACCAGCAGAUGGCCGAGCUGGUGGGCGAGCACCUGGUGCGGCGGGGCGUGCGCCUGCUGCGCCCGUGCGUGCCGACGCAGCUGGAGCGGCCCGACCCGGACGGACGGAUCCAGGUGGCGGCUCAGACCGCCGAUGGCGAGACGCUGCACGAGGAGUACGACACGGUGCUGUUCGCCAUCGGACGCACCGCCUGCACGGCCAACAUCGGCCUCGACAAGCUGGGCGUCCAGUUGGCGGCCAAGGACGGCAAGGUGCUGUGCGACGAGGCGGAGCAGUCGAGCGUGCCGCACGUGUACGCUGUCGGCGACAUGCUGAGUGGCCGGCCGGAGCUGACGCCGGUGGCCAUACAGGCCGGCCGUCUGCUAGCCAGGCGGCUGGUGACCGGCGCCACCGCGCUCACCGACUACACCAACGUGCCGACCACGGUGUUCACGCCGGUCGAGUACGGCUGCGUGGGUCUCUCGGAGGAGGCGGCGGUCGAGCGCUACGGCGAGCACGACGUCGAGGUGUACCACCAGUACUUUACGCCGCUCGAGCACACGGUGCCGCAGCGUGACGAGAACGCCUCCUACGGCAAGCUGGUGUGCGUCAAGAGCCAGCAGGAGCGCGUGGUGGGCUUCCACCUGGUGGCGCCGCACGCCGGCGAGGUCACGCAGGGCUACGCCGUGGCCAUGCGGCUGGGCGCCACCAAGGCUGAUCUGGACGGCGCCGUGGGCAUCCACCCGACCGUGGCGGAGCAAUUCACGUUCAUGUUCAUCACCAAGUCGUCGGGCGUCAGCAGCAAGUCGACGGGCUGCUGA